UUACUUUGUUUUUAGUAUAUCAUUUGAUUUUGGACAUUGACUUCUAUUGGACUUGUUUACUGUGUUUCUAAGGAAAACUGCUAUGGGAUUUGACAAAAAUAAACGGACAGAUGAAAAAAUGACGAAAAAGCGGCCGGUGGAACGACAGAAAAUGCGGCCAUGGCUGCAGGACAUGUUGGAAAAUGGAGGAGUUCAAGGGCUGGAAUGGUUUGAUAAACCUAAAGAUCAGUUUAAAAUCAACUGGAAGCAUGGAUCUAGACAUGGCUUCAACACCAGAAAAGAUGCCAGUCUCUUUGAGAAAUACGCCCAACACACAGGACGAUGGGAUCCUGAUGACCCAAACCCCAAGAAAUGGAAGGCGAACUUCCGGUGUGCUCUAAACAGUCUCCAAAACGUCAUGGAAAUCAAAAAACUGGGAGAAAGCAAGGGUGCGCAUGCCUACCGGGUGUAUCAAUUUCUGCCGGAGGAGGAGACGAAACCAAAAGAUGGUAAUAUAAAAUACUACAAACUAUACCAGAGGAAACCUAACAAAAAGAAAACAGAAAAGACAAAAAGCAGGAGAAAUUUUAGAUCUGAUGACACAACAGAUGAAGAACCCGAGAAAGAGCAGGUAAUUCUGGAGAUAAUUCCGACGGAAGAAGUUCAAAGUGAGGAACUGUCCUCUACAUGGGGCAAUGAGGAGAAACCUCCGCCAUCACCCCCUAUCAAGCCUCUGGUUCACGAGUUCACAUACAAAAAUCACAUGGCGGGCUGCAUUGUCAGACAGAUUCACAGAAAAAGACCAGCAGAACAAUCCCCCCAGAAGGAUGAUAAAGAAGAUCUGGUAGAAAUGGCGCCAUCAGAAGCUCAGCUGGCGCAACAAACCAGAAAAAGAAGGCGGCUUAGUACUGGUGAUGACGAAAGCAUGACGUCAUAUUCGCAACUUUCCGUGACUGAUGAAUCGUCAAACGUCUCCAGCUCCUCAGACUCCUGUCCCUCUAGUCCGGGAGAAGAAACGGACAAUUUACCAGAUUUUGACAACUUUUCCCCUUACGUCAUGGAUAAAGAUUGGGUUGUAGAAAGCGAGGAAACAGUGACCACUACACAGUAAUAAACUGACCACAAUACAUAUUAUACUACAUGACCA